CUAAACAUUAGAAACACCUGAUAGAUAGAUAAUCAGUUGCACAUUUCAAAUUCCCCAAAUUUUCCCCCAAAUGUCAACUUUCCGAUCCGGCGCCGGCGGAAAAAUUGUGACGAAUCGCCGGAAGGAGCGGCUGGCCGCCACCCCAUACGACCGCCCUCCAACCCAGCCUUCACGUCCUCCGCCAGCAAAAAGCCCUAAUUGGUUCACCGGUAUCGUUGUUCCGUCCGCCCGCGCUCUCGCUUCCGGCGCCGGGAAAAUCCUCUCGUCCAUCUUCUCUGAGUCCGAAUCAUCCUCUUCUGAAGACGAGGAGUCCGGUUCAGAGGAUGACAUUGACAACGAUAAUCACUUUGAGAGCCUUGAUUAUGGAGUUAACACGUUAAACGAGACAAAUGUGAAUUCAUCAGAAAUGAUGCAACAUGGACAAGAUUCUCAUUUAAGUGUGUGGAGGGGUGAAACGAAACGGAUAAUUGAGCAGCUUAUUAUGCAUGAGACCUUUUCAAGAGAAGAAUGUGAUAGGUUGACUAAAACUCUUAAUUCGCGGGUUAUGGACUGGUCAAUGGAAGCAGGGGAGAAAAGUUCACUUGUUGGCCUUCCAGAGAAGACAGGUGAUCCUGAAGAUGCUGAUAUAUACAACAAAGCUGUUGAGGAAGCUAAAAAAUGGUUUCAAGAGAAGAAAGUGGGUUCAAGCUCAGUGACAAAGUUGGCUCGUGGAACCUGUAACCUGAACUCGACUGGGCUUGACCUUGUAGAAACUGGGUCAGGUUCUCCUGUGGAUGUGGCCAGAUUCUAUAUGAAGGAAAGACCACCUUGGGCAUCUCCUGGGAGAAAUAUUGAGUUAAGAACCCCCUUGACAAAGACAAUGAAGCUUUUCAAUGAAGGAACAUCGCAUUCGGUUCACCGCGGUGCUUCGUCAUCAUCAAAGAAACGAAGUUCUCUUGCCUCUGGAUCAUGGAAUAUCCAGGAAGAACUACGAAGAGUGCGCUCAAAGGCAACAGAGGAUAUGCUGCGCACUCCAUCCAGUAAAGUUGAUCCGUCUUUGUUUGCAGUUGAACCAGUUAGGUUGGACUCUGUAGGAACCAGUGAACUAGUUUUUGAUAUGAGAGAGAGAAUGACUGAGCCAGAGCCUUAUAGGAACACUAAACCAAUAAAUGCAUUGGUAGAUGCAGGAGUGAGCUUCGAUCCUGCCCUUGCAGCUUUGGAGUCAAGACAAGAUGGCGAGUCACGUGAAGCACGGCAAUCUAAGCCAGCUACUUCUAUUUCUUGCAAUAGCGAGGCCUCAGAAGCUGUUCAUGGGGAUGGUGAAUGUGCAGCAUCUAAGUUCCUGCAACCUUCCAGUUCCAACCACGCUGAGGAGCACCAAAAUGCUUUUUGUUGGCUGCCUGAUAUAGGAAGAUGGGGUGAGGAGAGUAACAAGGAGAAUAACAAUGCAGAGAGAGGGGCUAAGUUAAAGCAAGAACGCGAACUUAAGAGGCUGGAAAGCUCAGUGAAUUACAAUGCGAGAAAAGAAAAAGGAUGAAAUAGCCGAAACAUUUUGAUAUAAAAGAGUAAAAGAAGAAAAAUAGUGAAUUGGUCAUAUGCAUUGAUACGUUGUUUGUAGUUCUGUAUAUAGGAUGUAGGUAGUUUUUUUUUCCGGGGACUUGAUUGAACAGUCUUUUCUGUUCCUUUUUCCGUAUUCGCUGUUCUUUGCCCUGUUACUACCAUUAUACAUCAAAUAUUUGACAUUUUGGAAAUAGUAAAUAACAUAUUUAUUCAUUUACAAACUUUGGCUAUUAUUCUCCCCUCGUUACCGUUAUCACUUUGUAUGCUGACUUUGCAAUGUAUGUGGAAGAGAGAUAUCUUAACUGCAAAUGAAAUGUAGCCCCUUAAUCUCAACC